AUGAGUAGCACCGACUCUCCCCAGGGCGUCGCUAGUCAUCUUCCCGCCCGGGGUCUCAUCGCAGUGACCUGGGUCGGCGUCGCUCUGGGUAUCUUGCUUGCGAGCACGCGCAUCGUAAUUCGGAUGCGACGCAUGAACCGGCUGCUAGCAGACGACUACUUCGUGCUUCUUGCGCUGGCGUUCCUCAUCACGAACGCGGCCCUUCAGACGAUCCAGGCGCCACAUCUCUACUAUACAGCGUUGACGCCGACCGGGCCGGAGAUCGACUACCAUGGCAAUCAAUACGUGCGGUACGAGUUUGCAAUCAUUGGGUUAUUUUGGUCGGUGCUGUGGAGCAUUAAGGGCUCGUUUCUGGCGUUGUUCUGGAUGCUCACGGAGGGCCUUCCGAGGUAUCGCUGGGCGUGCUGUGGUGUUGGGACGUUUGCGACGGCCGCGUAUACGGUGUGUUGGUUGUUGUCAGCGUUGAAUUGUCAUCCGCCGCAGGAUUAUUUUCAUUUUGGGGAAUGCAGCAAACAGAACGAUCAACACAGCGCGUUCAUCACCAUCUGCUUCAGUACAACGGUAGAUAUCAUCACCGACAUCAUGAUCAUGGCGAUCGGACUCAGCAUCAUCUGGAACACAGGCAUCACUAGACGCCAGAAACUCGGCUUCGGAGUCGUCUUCAGUCUCGGUCUCAUAAUCAUCGCAGCAGCUAUCGUGCGCGCCGUCCUAAUCAGCGGCAAAGCGUACUCUGACAUCGCGGGUGUCGCGAUCUGGAGUGUCACUGAGUCAUCUAUUUCAAUAAUAGUUGGCUGUCUCCCACCUUUCAAGAUCUUCGUCUCUAGCGACUCCGGGUCCUCGGUGCGGUACACAUCGCGAUAUAGCCGGAGUGGAGGCUCGAAGCGAAAGUCCCUAAGACCAUCCAGCUGGUCUGAUGUGCCGCUUCCUUUGCCGCUACAGGAACGCCAGGUCUAUCGAAACCUGGACUACGAGCUACAUGCUCGGGAUACAAACAUUACGGGCGGGAAGCAGGCGCAGUUAGAGGGAAAAGAGGUUUCUGAGUCAAGAGGAAGUGUUUCGGAUGAUGACAGACCUGGGGAGAUUAGAAUGGUGAAAGAAUUUAGCCUGGUAACUACGUCGUGA